CAUAAAUAAAACUCCCAACUUCGAGAUCUCUUUCCUUUCCAUGUGGGCGGCUUUUUACUAACGUCUCCGAUUCAGCUAGGAGCAUGCCGUAUCUGACCGGCUCCCCGAUCAUGACGCAGCUUGCGCUUCGACCUGCUAGCGACCCCGUGUUGUCGACGGACGCGAACGCGGGCGCGAAUCCCUCGGCGACGGACAGUCCCACGGCUGCCUCGACGGAGCUGGUAGUCGCGGAUGAAGACGGGGACACCUUUAUGGAAGAUUAUGACCGGGUCCGGGAGGAGCGCUCUCAGAAGCUGAAGGCGAAGAACCGACGCAAGCGAUACCUCGAAGUCCACCCAGAGUACUUCGACGACGACUCGCUCGAACUUGUCGACCCAGUCCUCUACGACCGCCUGAUCCGCCGUUUCCAAACCGCCGCAGAACGCGAAGCUGAGCAGCUCAGGAGGGGGUUCUCGGGACAAGCAGCGGCACACCUAUGGCGAGCCGAAGCUAAGAAAGACGCGCUCCGCCAUCCGAUCCCACACUCGCUCUUCUUUUGCACCCGCGGCCCCAAUGGCGAGAUUCUGGAGGAGGACAAAGAUGAAGAGCCUAUGUCAAAGGAGGAGGCCAGGGCGUGGUGGAUUGACGAGAUGACGCAGCGCUUCCUUCGCGGCGAGGACUUCGACUUCGACUAUAAAACAGUCGACGAGAGCGAGGAAUACAACGAUCCGGAGGAGGAACGCGACAGAGAGGAUGCCUAUUUCGACAGCAUGGAGUCUGAUUAUGACUUGGAUGACGACGGCAAAGAGAGGGUCCUCACCGGGGAGACUGGCAUUCAAGACUUCUGAAGCAGAGGCGGGGGUUCACGGACUCUGGCACUACAUGUUUCGGUGAAGACCGACGGAGUGGACUUGCCUGGACUUUCGCCUGGGACAUUUGCUCGUGUGCACGAAGACAUUUGGGCAGACUUGCGGCAAAGACAGCUCAAGCUCUAGCUCCAUUCAUGUGCUUUAGACUAGUGGUCUCUCCAGGCUACAACACGUACUGGAAGGUGAUCGCGCGAUCGCCUAGCUCACCAAGCUCCUCCGGCGUAUAUCCAUUGUGCGCGUUUUCCGCCAACUGC